GGUGUGUCUCUGAGCUGGCGGCGUGGAGGCGGCGCCUGUUCAUCAUCGCGUACGGUAAACAAAUAAGUUUAAAAAAAGAACAUAAAUGGAUGUUAACUAGAUUGUGCUUUACGGUAUAUAAAUUUAAUUUUAAAGUAUUAUGCUAUUUGGUGUCUAUAGGUGGAAUAUGGUGUUAUUGAGGAUACCAUAUUUCAAUGCAUUAAGAAGACGACGCGUGUAGGCACUUGUUAAUUAAUGCUAACUAUAUGCAGUAAAUGCAAGCAUAGGAGAACUUUUUGUACAUGGGAUAUUAAGCCAUGUGUUCAAAUUGUGCCAGAUGAAAUUCCACUCACUAUACUCGCUGGAUUGUUAAGUUAUAUAUAUAUAUAUCCGUGUCAAUUUAUUACUCCAUUUGUGGCGUCAGACAAAUCAACGCGACAAAAAGUGUUUGCAAGGUGCCGUUUGUCGCCAUUGUGUUUCAUUGGUGAGCUGACGCCUUUAACUGUACAAUGUUUACGAUCUUCCCCUGGCGUUACCGGUGUUCCUCCGGGUUUUCCCCAAAGUCCAAAGCAUGCUGAGGUGACGAGGACAAGCGGGACAUCAACUGGUCAUAGAAGGAACCAUGGCAACAGUGGGCCAGGUGAUAAAAUGCAGGGCGGCAGUGGCCUGGGAGGCGGAGAAGCCCCUGUCCAUUGAAGACGUAGAGGUGGCCCCUCCCAAAGCCCACGAAGUCCGCAUCAAGACCGCAGCCAGUGGCAUGUGCCACACAGACUGGGCCUACUUGUUUGAGGCUGGCAAGGGCAUGCAGAUGCGGCCCUUCCCCCUCAUUCUGGGCCACGAAGGCGCAGGAGUGGUGGAGAGCGUAGGCCCCGGCGUGUCCAAGUUCUCACCGGGGGAUAAGGUGAUCCCUCUUUUCCUGCCACAAUGUGGAGAAUGCGAAUGCUGCCUCAGUCCAAAGACUAAUUUGUGUACCAAAAACUGGACCAAAACACAGCAGGGAGUCCUGGCUGAUGGCACGAGCAGGAUUUCAUGCAAUGGGAGGCAGGUGUACCAGUUCAUUGGCGUCGGCUCCUUCUCCGAGUACACUGUCGUCUUGGACACCUCGGUGACCAAGAUCCGUGAUGAUGCUCCCCUGGAUAAAGUGUGUCUGCUGGGAUGUGGCGUCUCCACGGGUUACGGGGCCGCUCUCAACGCUGCCAAGGUUGAGCCCGGCUCUACUUGUGCCGUGUUUGGACUCGGUGCCGUGGGUCUGGCGGCGGUGAUGGGCUGCAGGGCCGCUGGUGCCGCCAGGAUCAUUGCUGUGGACAUCAACCCGAACAAGUUUGAGAAGGCAAAGGUCUUUGGGGCCACCGAAUUUGUUAACCCCAAAGACCACAACAAGCCCAUCCAGAAGGUGCUGGCUGAGAUGACCAACGGAGGAGUGGACUUCUCCCUGGAGUGUGUUGGGGAUGUAGCAGUGAUGAGGGCUGCCCUUGAAUCGUGUCGCUCGGCUUGGGGUACAUGUGUCAUCGUGGGCUGGACAGAGCUGGAGGAGCUCACCCUGGCCCCCUAUGACCUCUUAUUGGGUCGUACCCUGAAGGGGACUUACUUUGGCGGCUGGAAGAGUGUGGAGGGUGUGCCAAGGCUAGUUGAUGACUACAUGAACCAGAAGCUGUUGUUGGAUGAGUUUGUGACCCACACCCUGCCCUUAGAUCAGAUUAACGAGGCCUUUAACUUCAUGACCAGGGGAGAAAGCAUUAGAUCGGUAAUAAAGAUGGAAUAAAUCGCUGCUGCAAUCUGAAGACGGAGAACUGAAGAUGUCUUCUCGGACAUACUGCCCAUCUCUGUUUUCCUGAUCGGACUCCUUGCUUAAUGCGUGUGGGGGUAGGCAGAUAGACAUUUUGUGUUGUAAGAUUUAUACCCCUGCUGACACCCCUGGAAAAUAUUGUAUAGAGCCUGUUUGUUUGGUAUAUAAGUCAGACCGCAUUAGGACACAAGAAUAUUGGACAAAUGAUUUGAAACAUACUGCCUGUGUAACUCUGUGUUGUGGUGGUUUUUGUCAAAAACACUCUGAUUCUCGGGAACCAUUGGAGAUUUUCUCCUUUUAUUGUCAAAACCUGACAGGAACAGAAACAAUAACUUAGAACUUAGAGCAUACAGGCCUCUACAUGCAAACCUGAGACGUGGGGAUAUUAGCGCAACACCACACAUCAAGGUAACAACACACAAGGGUAAAAUCAAGUUAGUAAACCCAGCUGCAAAUAUAUAAAUAUAAAAUGGGUGCGAUGAGACAUUAUUGGUAUGAUUGUAGCAUUAGAUUGUGGAAAGGAAUGACAAUACAAUGGACUAUGAUGAAAUCAUUUACAGGACAUACAUACACCUACCUUGUCGCAGUAUAUAUUAAAAGUAGCUGGGAUUUACGCUUAAAAAAAGGAGGAACAUAGGGGGGAAAGGGGUGGAGCCAAAUGCAAUAAGAUAUAACAAGCAAGUAUGGAGAACACAGCUGUCAGGUAUGAUGUAAAUGAAACAUAAAAUACACUGAUUUUGUGUAAUUAUACACAGGAUAGUCUUGGUUACACCUGUAGCUUUGAAUUGCUCAGCCAAAUCACUGUCUGGCCUGUACUACUUGCAAAUGAACUUCCUGUUUCCCUUCUAUAACCUACACAUUUGUUCUUGUAGUUCUACUCAUGCAACUUUGUUCGGUAAAGCCUGUUCGAUGAAAAGAAAGUGAUGAAGAGAGAUGAAGGUCCUGAAUUCGAAGCCCCUAUGUUCAGCUCUUACACACAUCACUGACUGCAGAAAUAGUUUUAAAAUGAUGUUUUAUGUGAUUGUGUUGCGGUUAAAUGCUAAUUUCCAUCCAUUAAGUGAAGUCGGAUAACGGGUAAUGUGAAUUGUUCUUCAGUUCCAGCAGCUGGGUUUCUAUACCUAGAUUUGGAGUUUUACUGCCACCAUAUGAUUGAGAGCAUGCAGUGACCAUUAUACCUCUGUCAUCUACAAUAACUGCAUUAAAUGACAUUUAGUUACUUCA